AUGUCUAAUCGACCUACUCGUCGCCAAUUGAACGAAAUCGAUGCAUCGAAUGUUGAAUUUUGCGAAGUAUUAACAUCAUCGUACACGCUCGAAGAAUUCUUUCCAAACGAUCCAUAUUUGGUGUCUAUAUUCAAGAACUACAGAAGUCGAAAGCUCAAUGAAUUGACUUUGUUUUGGUGUUUCGUGGUUAGCUUUAUGCAUUGGUCUUCAGAAACGAAAUUAUAUGAUAAAGAAACAGCCAAUUAUACUACGGUGAAGCUUUAUGGAAUUCUUCGAGGGGAUUCAGUGUCACAUAAAUCUGGUUACAUCAAAUCGAUUCGAAAAGCAUUUGCUUUUAUUGAAAAUUAUUUUUCAUCGAAUUUUACUGAUUCGAAUAAUAAAUUCGUUUCAACUUGUCUUGAAAAUAUUACACCAGCAAAACUACUUGUUGAACUCGAAUCGUCAUCAAAAUUUAUUUCGAGUGACGAAGAUCAACCUUUGGAAAAUUUUUCUUUUUUCGAUCCAAAAUUACCAAAAGGAAAGGAAGCCCAAACUUACUUGCUUACAGCGUUCAAUGGCGCAUAUGAUCUUCAUAAAUCCACCAUGACAUAUUCCAAGCAUAUUCGUGAUAAAAGUCUCACACUGUUAGUUCCAACUACUGGGCAUCAAUGGUUUUCGUUAUUGGAAUAUUUCUAUGAUUCAAGUACAACAAACGAAUUGCCAAGCUUGGAAUAUUUGCUUAUUGCACGAGUACUGAUCGGUCAUCGUAUUUAUGAAUAUGAUCAAGAUGCGAGUAAUUAUCUUCGACCAAUUUUGCACAAAAUGCGUUCCAAUGGUCCACCAUCUGAUGGAUUAUUUAGUGUUCCAGAAAACAAACGUGCCGAGGCAUGUGAACGGCGAGGAGCCGAUUUAAUUGAACGUAUUGCCGUCAUUAUCCAGAAUAUUUUCGACACACUGAAAGUAUUAAAAUCAGCUAAAUCAAUUAACUUCCAUACUAUUCCGAAGGACGCAUUGAAUGAAAUUAAAUCCAAUAUUGGUAAUUAUUUUUAUCCAAAUGAAAUGUUGAGUCAAAUUGAAAACAAUUUAUCUUAUGCUGAAGGGAUUGAUUUGAAAGAGUUAAAUGAAGUACGAAUAUCUAGUGUGGAUAAACAACCAUCUCAAUCAAUGAAAGUUGGAUUGUCUGCUGCUAAAAUUGCUGUUAACUUUUUCCACAAAUUAUUAUUGCCACAAUCAAUUCAAUUAUUUUCUACCGAUUCGAUCAAUGACAAAAAAAUCGUUUUAAACGAAUUAAAAAUUAUUCAACAUCCAAUGAAUUGCUUCUCAAUCAGCGAUUUAACGUGUGGCAGCAUCUUUCAUAAUCAUAAGCGUGACCACAUCGAUGUAAAAGAAUUACUUACAAAUUUGGAAAAAAAUGGUUUUCUUACACAUGGAAAAUUUGUUAAAAGUUCCUGUCGAUUAAUUGAGAGUUGGAUUAAAUUGUUACCUGAUCCAUCAGAUGAUGAACAAAUUGGAAGUUUUCAAAAAAAAUUAAGUUCCAAUUACCAUCUAGAUUUACAAAAAUAUAUUGAUUAUUACAAGGGUGGUGUUGAUGGUAAAUCACCAUUAACUGAAACAGGUGACAGAACAUUAUUUACACAACGAUCCUGGAUUGAAAAGAUAAAAGAAAAAAUUGAUAAUGCUUCUAUUUUAAACAAACGUUCUGAAUUAACAACGGAUUCAUUUUCUAUCGUACCACAAAUUCAACAAACAACAUUAUGUACAAGUGUUGCUGAAGAGUUUGGUGAUUUAAUUGAUUAUAAUACAGCAAGUGAAUUCAUUGAUAUCGUUCAGGAUAUUAAUAUUCCAUCGGCAAUUGAAGAUAAUCUUGAAUCUUUACUCGAAAAGAAUCUAACCACAUUUAAUGAUAAAGUGUUUGUUCUAAAUGAAGUUGAACAUUGUUUAUCAAAUAUUAUUGAACAAGUAAUUGUUUCAAGUAAUACAAAUGAUGAACAAGGAAUGAAUUUAAUCGAACGUGAAAACAAUACAGUUUCUACAUCUGCGAUUUCCACAAUAUGUUCAACAUCAUCUGAUGAAUUUAUUUCCGAAGAUAUGAAAAAAUUAUGUAAACAAAUAUUGUUAAUCGAUUCUAUUGUUUUAUCCGGUACCAAAUUGAAUAAAAUGUUCAAAGUUGCCAUGUAUGACAUUCAUAAAGCAUGUCAUUUAUUGAUUGAAAAGAAACUAUUAAUUAAAGAAACCAAAAUGUUAGCAAACAUACAUGCGUAUCAUGAAUGCUAUUUAAAAAAUAUUCCUCAAAAUAAAACAGCAUUAGUCGAGUUUUCUGUUUCAUUGGCGAAGUUUGGAAUUUACAAUAUCGAUACAUAUUAUAAUACAUUGACAAACAUUGAUACAAAGAAUACCACCUAUUUAUCACCAUAUGGACUGUCAAUCUUAGAGCAAAAACCAUACAAUGAUUUGAAAAUAGUUGUGAAUAAAGAUGCUAUUGUACAACCAUCAAAAGAACGAUUUCGAAAAUUUACAGAUCUGUCUGAUGUUACUCAAGAUGGUAAUAAGGAGAAUUUGACAUGUGAAGUGAACAAUGUCUUAACAGAUGAUGGGCAUAAUCUUGAUCAUGCAGUUUCCAAUGGGAAACGACAUCGCCAGCCGACUAUAAAGGCAAAAACAUAUGCCGAAGAAAAAUCCAAAUCAAAAAAGAAAAAGAGUAGUGUUUAA